GGCAGAGAGGCAGAUUUGCAGCCAGCAACUAUUGAACUCAAAGACGUAACAAAAAUAUAUCGGAUUGGCAACAUCGAGGUGGGCGCCUUGCGUGGCGUCUCCGUAACCAUCCAGUCUGGAGAAAUGGUGGCCAUCAUGGGCGCCUCCGGUUCGGGAAAGUCUACGAUGAUGAACGUUCUGGGCUGCCUCGACAUCCCGACCUCCGGGCAGUAUUUCCUCGAUGGCGAAGACGUGGGCCACCUUGGCGAUGACCGGCUGGCCGAAAUCCGCAACCGCAAGAUCGGCUUCGUCUUCCAGACUUACAAUUUGCUGCCUCGCCUUACCGCCCUGGCCAACGUGGAACUGCCACUGCUCUACGGCAACGGCCACGACCGGCGGCGGCGCUCCAUGCAGGCCCUGAACCGGGUGGGCCUUGCCGAACGUGUCGGCCACCGCCCCACUGAACUGUCCGGCGGGCAGCAGCAGCGGGUGGGAAUCGCCCGCGCCCUGGUCAAGGAGCCCAGCAUUCUGCUUGCCGACGAGCCCACCGGAAACCUGGACAGCCAGUCCACCGAGGAGGUGGUUGCCAUACUGCAGGACCUGAACCGGCGGGAAGGACUGACGGUCAUCAUUGUUACCCACGAGCCGGAUAUUGCUGAGGCCACACGGCGUGUCAUAACCAUGCGCGACGGUCAAGUCAUCGAAGAUCGGGAACAACGAUGA